AUAGCAUUCAAAGCAAAAUUAGUGGGACAAACAAAAGUUAAAAUUCAUUGAAAACGUAUGUGUUCUAGGAAUGUGCUUUCAAUGUUACGAAUGUAAUUCCAACAGUGACAAGUAUUGUGAGAAUAGACCAAGGCAUAUCGUUCGAUGCUCGUACUCAACAGUUGGAUGUGUUAAGCUCAGUUAUCAGGCGCUCGCAUAUAAAUUCGUCAAAUUGACAGGCGGUGAGAUUGGUGUAUCAGAGUGGAAUGGAAGUGAUAGUAAUUGGAAAGCCGUUCCCUAUGUCAAACGAGUUGUAAGGAGACGUUGUGGAAAUAACUAUGCUCGAUAUAAGGCGGCAACAGGAUGCAGCCCAUUUCCUCUUAUAUCAAAAAAUGGCGCUAAUGAUACAAUUUGCUACUGCAGAUCUGAACUGUGCAACGGAGUCUUAAGGCUUGAAAUCGUCAAUUUUCCUUGUUAUAUUAUGCUGAUUCUCAUACUUUUAUGCGUAUCCUAAACAUAAUAACAUCUUGUCAGAACACUUGUCUGUUCGUCUUUAUUCAAAGUGUGUGUCAGAUUUGUGAGUAACAAAAUUACGGAAUUGAGUGUCAUGGAAAAAAAUACGUAUCGUAGAAAUUAAAUACUAUAGGUUUACGACUUUAAAGGUUUUAUCAUCACCUAUAAGCCAAGUAAUUGCAACGUGAUAAUCUGUUUGGCAAAUAUAUAAUUUAUUCCUGUUUAAUAUU